CCGCGCGUGCGCCGUGCGCGCCGGUGCCGCCGCCGAGGCUCCGCCGCCGCCGAGGCUCCGCCGCUGCCCGCCCGCCCCGCUCCGGGGCCAUGAGCGCGUAGGGCCGCCGGGGCCGCGCUCACCGCCAGCAUGUUCGGCCGCUCCCGCAGCUGGGUGGGCGGCGGGCACGGCAAGGCCGCCCGCAGCAUCCACUCCUUGGACCACCUCAAGUACAUGUAUCAUAUUUUGACUAAAAACACAACAGUAACAGAUCACAACCGAAACCUGCUGGUGGAGACAAUUCGUUCCAUAACCGAGAUCCUCAUCUGGGGGGACCAGAAUGACAGCUCAGUGUUUGACUUUUUCUUGGAGAAGAACAUGUUUGUUUUCUUCUUGAACAUCUUGCGCCAGAAGUCUGGUCGUUACGUGUGUGUGCAGCUGCUGCAGACUCUCAACAUCCUUUUUGAGAACAUCAGUCAUGAAACAUCACUGUAUUACCUGCUCUCUAAUAACUAUGUAAAUUCUAUUAUUGUUCACAAAUUUGACUUUUCUGAUGAGGAGAUCAUGGCAUAUUACAUAUCGUUUUUGAAAACUCUUUCCCUGAAGCUCAACAAUCAUACUGUACAUUUCUUUUAUAAUGAGCACACUAAUGACUUCGCUUUGUACACUGAAGCUAUUAAAUUUUUUAACCACCCCGAAAGCAUGGUCAGGAUUGCUGUUAGGACUAUAACUUUAAAUGUCUACAAAGUGGACAACCAGCCUAUGCUGCAUUACAUUCGAGAUAAAACUGCAGUUCCUUAUUUCUCCAACCUCGUCUGGUUUAUUGGCAGCCAUGUGAUAGAACUGGAUAACUGUGUGCAGACUGAUGAAGAGCACAGAAAUAGGGGCAAACUGAGUGACCUGGUAGCAGAACAUCUUGAUCAUCUGCAUUACCUUAAUGAUAUCCUCAUCAUUAAUUGUGAAUUUUUAAACGAUGUGCUGACAGACCACCUACUUAACAGACUCUUUCUUCCCCUCUACGUGUAUUCAUUAGUAAAUCAAGAUAAGGGUGGAGAGCGUCCAAAAAUAAGUCUCCAAGUUUCUCUCUAUCUUCUGUCUCAAGUUUUUCUAAUUAUACAUUAUGCUCCUUUGGUGAACUCCUUGGCUGAGGUUAUACUCAAUGGUGACCUCUCGGUGUUUUCUUCUAAGGUUGAGCAAGAUAUACAGAAAAACUCAGCAAAGUCCAGUAUCAGAUGUUUCAUCAAACCAACAGAAACACUUGAGAGGUCUCUUGAAAUUAAUAAACAGAAGGGGAAGAAGAGGAUGCAAAAACGACCCAACUAUAAAAAUGUUGGUGAAGAGGAUGAAGAGGAGAGAGGAUCUGAAGAUAACCAAGAUGACCUUGAUAAAACUAAAGGUACAGAAGCAAGUUCAAAAGGCAUAAGAACAAGCAGUGAAAAUGAAGAAAUAGAGAUGGUGAUCAUGGAGAGGUGUAAGCUGUCAGAGCUGUCCAUCUCUACUGUGACAGAACAGAAUACAACAGAUGAAGAAAAGAGUGCAGCUGCUUCUGGGAGUGAGAUAACAAACUGGAACAGACCUUUUCUUGAUAUGGUCUAUAAUGCACUGGACUGUCCUGAAGAUGAUUACUAUGCCCUCUUUGUGCUCUGUCUUUUAUAUGCAAUGUCACACAACAAAGGAAUUGACCCAGUCAAGCUGGAGAGAAUUCAGCUUCCAGCUCAACAUGCUGAAGAGAGAAACUCAUAUAAUCAUGUACUUGCAGAAAGGCUCAUCAGGAUAAUGAAUUAUGCUGCACAACCAGAUGGAAAAAUCCGUUUGGCAACUUUAGAACUUGGGUGCCUGUUGCUGAAGCAGCUUGUGUUUUCUAAAAAUGGCAGCAUCAUAAAAGAUGUUCACCUUGCUUGUCUUGAGGGUGCCAGGGAGGAAAGUGUUCAUCUCCUUCGUCGUUUCUAUAAGGGAGAAGAAAUUUUUCUGGAUAUGUUUGAAGACGAAUACCGGAGUAUGACAAUUAAACCCAUGAAUGUAGAAUACUUGAUGAUGGAUGCCUCAAUCUUACUGCCUCCAACGGGGACACCACUGACUGGUAUUGAUUUUGUGAAAAGAUUGCCUUGUGGAGAUGUGGAAAGAACACGAAGAGCAAUCAGAGUUUUCUUUAUGCUCCGUUCGCUGUCACUGCACUUGCGAGAUGAGCCAGAAACUCAGUUACCACUCACGAGGGAGGGAGAUCUGAUAAAGACAGAUGAUGUUCUUGAUUUGAAUAACAGUGAUCUAAUUGCUUGUACAGUGAUAACAAAGGAUGGGGGUCAAGUUCAAAGAUUCCUGGCUGUGGAUAUUUACCAGAUGAGUUUGGUUGAACCAGAUAUUGCCAGACUUGGAUGGGGAGUAGUAAAGUUUGCAGGCCUUUUGCAGGACAUGCAGGUGACGGGAGUAGAGGAUGACAGUAGAGCUCUGAACAUAAUCAUCCACAAGCCUGCCUCAAGCCCUCACUCUAAGCCCUUCCCCAUCCUGCAGGCCACGUUCAUUUUCUCGGAUCACAUCCGCUGCAUUAUCGCCAAGCAGCGCCUGGCAAAGGGCCGCAUCCAGGCCCGGCGCAUGAAAAUGCAGAGGAUAGCAGCUCUCCUGGAUCUUCCUGUUCAGCCUUCAACUGAAGUUAUGGGUUUUGGACACAGCUCUGGAGCUACAGCCCAGCACCUUCCCUUCAGAUUCUACGACCAGUCCCGCCGUGGGAGCAGCGACCCCACGGUGCAGCGCUCUGUCUUUGCAUCUGUUGACAAAGUCCCAGGCUUUGCUGUAGCCCAGUGUAUAAAUCAGCACCAUCCCUCCCCACUCUCAUCACCAUCACCUUCCAGUGGCAGUGGGAGCACAGGGCGCUGUGAUUCGGUGACUGCAAGCUCGACAUCCACUCCUUCUGCUGCACAGAGCCCCUCAGGUCUGGCAGGAAAGGACGCCGGCGGGUGUUUAGUCUGUCGGAGGCUGACAGUCACGGCGGACACUGGGUUUAGGUCUUCGAGCAGCAGCUGCAGCAGAAACUCCCGCAAUACCCACUCAGAUGACCCUUCAGCUCCAGAGCAUCCUCAGACGGCCAUUUCCAGUCAGACGAUGUUGACUGAUGAAACUCCUUCAGCUGUCUCAAAGUCCAGCAGAAAUGCUGGGAAAACCAGUGACAUAGAAACAGCAAACCUGUCUCCCAGCCUGAUUCCUGCCCAGCAGCCCACAAUAUCCCUAAUUACAGAUGACAACACGGAUACACUGAGCGUGGAGUCGCUGACCCUGGUGCCUCCGGUGGAUCCCCACAGCAUCCGGACAUUCCCCUGCAUUCCUCAGCCCUCCUUGCAGUCUGAAGAUGAAGUUUGCAAGGUAAAGGAGGUUGAGGAAGAAUGUUCUGACUAAAGCCAACAUGCAGACUGUAAUAAACAGUGAAGAAAACUCAACCAAAUUCUGAACUGUUUUUUCUCUGGGAGUGCAGAUACUUCUUGAGAGGCCAUGAGGUCCACAGGGGGCCCACUGGUGAGUGAGAAUGUCAGCAGCUUUUAGAGGAAACAUUGGAUACUCAGCAUAUCUAAACUGGAGAAGAGGGAAAAAUACAAACUUUUGAAUCUGGACUGGUUCUUUCCUACCAGUUUCUGUUAUACAAGAACAUGAAAGUGUUUCAGAGGACCUACUGUCUUUCUAACAGGAACUAAUUAAUUGUAAAAGGUCUACAGUAUUAUGGGGAAAAGAAGAAAUUUUUGGAUACCCAGCUUCAUGAUGCUAUAUUAUUACAUCUCUCAAACUGGAGACAUGCCAUUGACCAGAAAAAAUGAUCUAUUGUAGUACAGAGGCAAAAUUUCCAUUUGAGUUAGGGUGUGUUUUUCAGUUUGGUGUUUGGUUUGGGUUUUUUGGGGGGAGGAGGGAUUUUGGGAUUUUUUUGGUUGGUUUUUGGUUGGUUGGUUUUGUUUUUUAAUCCUGAUCUUGUUCAUCUUUUGGAGGUCUGCAUGAUACCAGCAGGCUUGGCCACUGUCAGUGUUGUCUUCAUAGGACUCCAGACUUCAGUAUUGUUUUUUCCAUCUGAAAUAUUUAUUUCAAGGUUUGAUUCAAAGCAAGAUACAAUUUUCUAGAAGGUAAAAGUCUGAAGUUAAUGACAAAUGCUUAUUCAAAUUAACCUAAGGGAUUUUGGAGACUACUUUAGUCUUUGCUUAGCCAUCUGCAGAGGAAUGUGAAACAUUUUAAGAUAUUGCUAUAGCUUGUUUGCUUCUGACAGUCAGAUUGCUACACCUCUGAGGAAUGGUGGUAUGCUUGCUACUGAGAGACAACUUCAAGAAGCAGACAGAAGCAGUUUUACUCCAAAGAGGGUUUUCAAAUUUUUCAUAGUCAUAUAGGAAGAAGGUCACCAUAUCUAACUGUGAAUUCCUUUGCAAGUCUGAAACGAAAAAAGAAAGGGAUUGUGUAAUUUUUUUUCCUAUCUGGGAUGGUAUCCCAGUUAAACAACAUUGCUACAUAACAGUGAUUCUGAGUUUGUGCUUGGCAUGCUUUGCUUCCUAGAUCCUGACACCAAGUUGACAGAAAGCAGUGGAAAAGUAUUGAUUAAAGUCUGGAAUGUUCUCUGCUGAUUUGAUACGUAGUUUAACAUGAAUGGAAUUUAAGAUUUUUCAUCAAUUUCCAAGUAUGUUAAUUUAAAUUAAUGUAAAAUGAGCAGAUUGUCAUUGUGGGUCUGUUCAUACUCAAGUGCUUUCUGGCUCUCAAAGAAGGAAGUCUGCUGUUUACUGCUAUUGAUUUCAGUCAUCAGUGCAAUCUUUUUCCUCAUUCUGUCUCCACUACUAUUGAUUUCUUAUCAAAGGGGUGAAUCUGAAAAGUUUUUACCUACUUCCUAGUCGUUUAUUGUACCUCUUCCUGGCUGUCAUAUGGAAUACUUGGAGUGAUUUUCAAUGUUAUAUUUAUAUAUGAGAUUGACUAAUCCACAAGUAUAACUUUUUUCACUUUUUCCAUCUUCUCCUUCACAUAAUAACUUAACCUUUCCCAACCAUGUAUACAAGGUGUCUGUUACUGAAUGCCAGUAAUUUUUCUCCUCCCCUUAUUAACUUCUGCAUGCAGUUUUGUUGAUUUCUAUUUUCCUCUGACUUCUACUUCAUCUCAAAUUGAAUUAACUGAUAAUUCUGAGCAUUCCAGAGUGGCCCCAACUCUAAAUGAAUUCUGAGAGUUAGGUGUCCUCAGCACAGCUGUGCAUAUUGGAUGAGAAUUUGGCGUGGCUGGAGUAAGGGCUUACUUUUUGGGUUUGUUUGUCACAUGCUUAGGGUGAGUUUGCACUCAUGCAGUCACUGUUGCAGGUAGUGAGCAUGUACCUGAACAAGUCUAGACAUCAGCAAUUUGGGCACUAGGACCACAUAAAUUAUUAGCUGAACUGAUUGCAAUCUAGACUUCCUCUAGGAUUUUGCAGCAUUGCACUGUAGCUCCAGUAAUAUUCUGAAGAUCAUUAUAAAAAAAUGCCUUAAUUUGAAGCAUUUUGUUUAGACUCUUGACCUAGAUUACACAAAAUGCCACUGUGCAGAAUGAGUUCCCUUAAAUAGAAUUGCUUUUAGACAGGAAAACCUUGAUCUUUAUUUAUCUCCUUUCAAAUUCAGUUCUAGGAAGAUCAGAGCCAUGCAGGAGGAGUCUCUUUGAUGGGUUUUCAUAGUCUCACCCUUGAGCCACACUGCCUUUGAGUGACUCUUAAAUCUCAUGACCAGUUGUCUACUGAGAACUUCAGAAGAAAUGACUGAGGUGGAUACUGUUAUUAGGAAAAUAGAAGCCUAAGUCUACUGUCUAGUCUGCUGCUGGCAGAGCCUUGCUGGUUGAGGGAUAGGUGGGAUAUCUUCUAACAGCUCUAUCAAAAGCUCUCUGCAGAGAUGGAAUUACAGCAGGAAAGGUCUGGCUGCACCAGCUUUACUGAUGUUGGGGUGUUACACUUCAGCUGGGUCUGGAUGGUUCUGCCACAGAAUCAAUUGAUUUUUGACUUUGCUUCUGAUAUUAAGGCAUGUGUGUAUACAAUUUUCUGUGCUUUGUGCUGCAUUAGGAGACUUCAGAAUGUAGAAACUUUGGAGAUGCCAAAAUAAUCUGCCACCAGCCAUUUUUAAGCUCUGCAAGUAUAAUACUCAUCUACAGUUCCUUGAAGAGUAUCAUAUCUAUAUCUCACUCAUCAGAAUCUGUUUCCUUAGGCUAUUUCCUUGCCCUUCUUUCACUGUAAAAAGGAAACUCAACCAGGAAGGCACUAGCACAUCAACCACAAAUGUAAUUUUUUUUCUUAAAAAAAAAAAGUUCAUUUGAGUAACAUCACUUUCUGACCAAACCCAAAUACCAAACUGCAGGUGAGAGCAGCAGCUAAACAAGUUGUCAUUCAAAAGCUCCAUUCUUUCAGUGCAAUACUGCAGAGGGAAAUGGAAUCACUCUAAAUAUAACAAUAUUCCAGAGCAAAAUACCAAAAUUCUGGAGAUAUGCUAAAUUCUCAAUGUGUGUUUGUAGGGGCUAUGCCUCUUCACAUAACACAGUUCUGUUGAAAAUUCCUUCCUUUUGAGAAGCCAAAAAAGCCAGGACAUAAUGAAUGUUACUUUGCUAUUUUAUGGUCUGUGUGUCUUCUUUUAUUAAAUUUUACCAAGCUAUUACUUUUUUAACAGAACCAUGUGUUGCCUCCACUGCUUCUCACUGGUGCCCUUUGCUUUUUUGUCACCCAGUACAGCAGUGACCCAGUCUUGAGCUUUGCAUUUGUGAAGGGAAUAGUGGCAGCAGACACUUGGUAAUUUGGUGAGGAAAGGGAGGAAGGAAGCACCAGUUCUGGUAUCUGCUUCACCAUGGAAGUAAUGCUUGCAGUGUGAAGCUUGGGUGUGGAGACUAAUUGUUUUGCUGAAAUUCUUUGAUAUGGAACAAAACCAGAGGUUAAGCUUCCUGCACUUCAUUUCACAAGCUGUGUGUAUUAAACCAAAUUCAUUAGAAAUGUGGUCACAUAUAUUACUACAAAAAGCUGUAUUUUGUCUGUGAAGUCAUGAAUUAUGUCCACUGUAAGGGCUGAGCUCAUUUUUAUUCUCCACUGCUAAUCAUGAUAAACUAAAUUCUGACUACACUUCCUUAAAUUAAGCUGAGCUUAAAAAAAAAGAAAUAUAUAAAGUUACACCUAUUGAAGAAGCUCCUCAGUGUUCUUCUCUUUACACCACAGCUGGAAUUUUACUUGCAGUUACUUGGUGAGGAAAAAUUGGGCAUAUCUUCCAGAGUUCAUGUAUUCUUUUGCAGUAUUGUUGCUAAAGGACAGACUGGUAUGUGACAUUUUAAAAAAAAUCUUCUUUCAGAUCCAGAAUUUAAGGCUCAGAUACAGAUCUGAGUAUUCAGAGUUUAAGUCAAUGUCAAGUGAUUCCUAUAAAAACUUUACCCAACAGAGAGAGAAUACAGGGGGAAAUAAUGUUCCUUUCUGGAUUUGAAGUAUUUGGGUUUGUAGAAUUUGAGAAACGAUAGUUGAAACAGUUUGUUCAUGGCAAAAUUUAUGAUCUUCAGGAUCGAAAUUACUGUGAUUUUAUUUUCUAAUUAAGCAGUAAGGUGUGAGUGACUGUAAUUGCCACUUACUGAAAGUGGCUGGGGGUGAUUAAGCAAUCCAGGAAUUCAAUAAUUGCCCUGUAAUUGAGUGUCACUUCAGUAGUAGUAAAAUGAACUUAAAUAUGCUUGAAGACAUAGGUAAUGUAUCAGACAAGCAGGUCAAACUGUGUGUGUGUGAGUAGGAAGCCACUUCAUAAAAGUAAACACUUUAUUCACAUGGUGCUGUCAGUGCCCUGGUGUGACCGGUCACACUCUCCACUGCACAUUCCAGGGAACUCCAGAACAGCCUCAGGAAUGGUCAAGGUUGUAGUGGUCAAAAAGCGCCACCAGCCUGAAAAUUCUGACCGUGUCUCCACUACCCAGCUAAAGUUGAACGGGGAGUUGCUUUUAAAAGCACUAAGUGAGGGGUUUAGUGCAAAUUAGAGGCUUGCAGAGACACCAGCUGGGGGCAGGGAGGUCGAGGGCUUUUGCCUCUGAAGAUAAUGAGUCUCCUUGAUGAGUCUCCUACUUCCAGACAGCCUAAUGUUAGCCAUCUAAAUAUAUGUUGAAAAUUCUCUUCCUAACUGCUACUGUCAUUCUUCUUGAAAGUUUUUUGGUAUGUCACUGGUUAACCAUCCCUGGGGUGCCACUAACUGGGCACUGCUCUUCUAUUAUCUAGAAACCUUUGGAGUAGUUCUGCUGUGCUGGCCUGCUCUGUUGCUCAUGACCUUUCCCAGCAUUUGCAGCAUGAAUUAGAAACAAAUAUAAUAACUCUUGCUGUCUCCUAGUGGAUUCUGAAAAGCAGAUCGUGGUCCAAGCAGGGCUUGCUAGGGUGGGAUGUUUGUAGGGGCUGGGAGGGGGGAAGUGCUUGGGGGGUUUUUCCUGCUGCUCAGGAUUUUUUGAGCAGCAACAAAGACAUAGGAGAUGCAGUUCUUGGCUGAGUCUCAAACAGAAGGUUCUUUCAUAUGGAAACAUAUUUUUAUAUUACAUUUGUACAGAAUUUUCCCUAUUUUGAUCUCCCACUGUUUUUAGAUUUGCGCGUUGCUCGGAUUUGAUUUCUUUUGCAAGGUGUUAUAAAAUGUAUAUUUUGUGUUUAUUAAUGUAUUAUAAAUGUAAAGCUAACUUUUGGUUGUCUAAUAAAUGUGCACUGUGGUGGUAUCUGGUUUACUGUUUUGCUGACUUGAAUUCAUUGGUUCUUAAUAAGAAAAGGAAAAACGAGUCAUUGUUGGGACUGUCUUGUCAUAAAAAAAUGUGUGGAGUGCAUUUCUUUUAAAAGAGGGCUUAAGCAGGUAAUGACUAACAGUACUUGAUAACAGAAGUUAGAGUUAAGGUUCAGAUUAGUAUAUAAUGUUCAUAGGAGUCUUUUAAGACCAUGAUCUGAAGAUACACUAGACUUUUUAUCUUGUUCCCCAUUACUUUUGGUUAUGGGUGCUUUUACUAAACUGAGUUUAACACACAUAGUAAUUGCAAUCUGAUAACUUCAGUAUAUAUGAGGAGAUGGGAGGGUCUGGGAUUUUGUGUUCAGAGACCGUGGCAGAAAUAUUUACAAUGAACACAAAGAUAAUUUUUAAAAAUAUUGAGAAUAGAUUCAAGUGUGCAAAUUUAUAGACUGUUAGAAUUUCUAGGAGCUUUGUUUUGCCCAGGGAUAGCACUGAAUAACACAUUGUCAUAGUUCUAGGGAACCUCCUGGAAGCAUUAUAAACUUCAGAAGAUAACUUUAGGCAUCUCCACUUGUGAAUAGCUCUGUUGAUAUUUCUGUAGCAAACUUUUUAUUUCAUUUUGAGCUGUUUUGUAAGUUUGAUUGUUUUAAGUGCAAAGAGGGAGAAAUGUAUUUUUCUAGAAGAAUGAAUGUACGUGGGAUUUAAACACUACAUAAAACAUUUCAUGAACAUGGACUGUCCUCCUAUGAAAUAUGUUUCAAUAAAGUUGUGUCUGAAAUGUACUUCAUUUAAGAAAAAAAAACAAGUCCUGAACAUGCACUUACAUUUACAGGGAAAAAAGCCCCAAAAUGGGGUGAACUGAAUUCUGAAACGUCUUUCUACAGGCAAUAAGUAUUAAUUAUUUAAUAUAAGUUAUGUUAGACAGUUGGAGUAAAUGUGACAAUAUCUUAUGUUAAUUUAAAGAAGAAUGUAAAUAAGUGUCUGGAAAGGGAGUGGAAUUAGAAAAUAUUGUGUAUGUUCCUGAAAUCCAGAUUUCUAUAGCUGAGUCUGUAUUUGCUGGCAUUGGUCAUGUGUCGUGGCUAUUGAAAACCUGGACAAGGAUGAAGAAUAGACCUUUCUUUGUAAAUGGAACUUGGCAAUAAAAAUGGUGUUACUAAGGAAA